AAGAUUAUUAAAUCACAAAUAUUUCCAGAGUAUGCUGGUCUUCAUCUGGCUAGGAGUGGUGCUAGCGGCAGUAUGGAUGUUUUUCCGGCGCCGCUACAGCCGCUUCUCCCGAUUCGGCGUGAACUGCCCCAAGCCGGUCCCACUGCUGGGCAACAUGACGCGCAUCCUCUUCCGCGUGGAGCACUUCACCGACCACCUCGACAGGCUCUACCAUGACUAUCCGGAGGACAGGUUUGUAGGCAGAUACGAGUUCCUGAACCCCAUGGUGGUGCUGAAGGACAUUGAGCUGGUGAAGAAGAUCACAGUCAAGGACUUCGAGCACUUCAUCGACCACAGGUCGUUCGUCAAUGAGAAAACCGACCCCCUCUUUGGAAGAAACCUGUUUUCUUUGAGAGGUCAAGAAUGGAAAGACAUGCGUUCAACCUUGAGCCCGGCGUUCACCAGCUCCAAGAUGCGUCUCAUGGUGCCCUUCAUGGUGGAGGUGGGAGACCAGAUGAUCGAGUCCCUGAAGAAGAAGGUCAAAGCUUCCAAAGACGACUUCAUCGACGUGGAAGUGAAGGACCUGACGACGCGCUACGCCAACGACGUGAUCGCGUCGUGCGCCUUCGGCCUGAAGGUGGACUCGCACGCGCAGCAGGACAACGAGUUCUACGCGAUGGGCAAGGAGGCCUCCACCUUCAACUUCCUGCAGGUGCUCAAGUUCUUCGCGAUGACCAACUUCCCGGCUGUCGUUGAUAAACUCGGCAUCACCUUGUUCACGGAGCCCACCAAGAAGUUCUUCAAGGGACUCGUGCUGGGCACCAUGAGCGACCGCGACGCGCGCCACAUCGUCCGCCCCGACAUGAUCCAUCUGCUCAUGGAGGCCAAGAAAGGAAAACUUGUACACGACGAUAAGGCUGCAAAAGACUCUGACGCAGGAUUUGCCACCGUCGAGGAGUCUAAUGUGGGGAAGAAGAACAUCGACCGAGUAUGGAGCGACGAGGACCUAGUGGCCCAAGCGGUGCUGUUCUUCAUCGCCGGCUUCGAGACGGUGUCCUCAGCCAUGUCCUUUGCCUUGCACGAGCUGGCCGUGAACCCCGACGUGCAGGAGCGGCUGCUGCAGGAGAUCCGGGACAACGACCGCAAGAACGGCGGCAAGUUCGACUACAACUCCAUACAGAACAUGGUGUAUCUGGACAUGGUGGUGUCGGAGGUGCUGCGCAUGUGGCCGCCCGGCAUCGCCAUGGACCGGCUGUGCGUCAAGGACUACAACCUCGGCCGCCCUAACAGCAAGGCCACGCAAGACUACUACAUCCGCGCGGGCGAGGCGCUGGCGGUGCCGGCGUGGUGCUUCCACCGCGACCCGGCGCUGUUCCCCGACCCUCUUCGCUUCGACCCCGAGCGCUUCUCCGAAGAGAACAAGCACAACAUCAAGCCCUUCACCUACGUGCCGUUUGGGCUCGGACCGAGGAACUGCAUCGGCUCCAGGUUCGCGCUGUGCGAGGUGAAGGUGAUGCUGUACCAGCUGCUGCUCCACGUGGAGCUGUCUCCCGCAGCCAGGACCUGCAUCCCGGCCCGGCUCACCACCGACACCUUCAACAUCCGCAUGCACGGCGGGCACUGGGUGCGGAUGCGGAUGCGGAACUGAUACUUAUCAAUAAGUCAAAUUAAAUCUUCUUAUCUAUAUAUAUAAAAGAAAGUCGUGUUAGUUACACCACUUAUAACUCAAGAACGGCUGAACCGAUUUAGCUGAAAAUUGUCAGGGAGGUAGUUUAGAGCCAGGAGAAGGACAUAGGAUACUUUUUAUCCCAUUCAAAAUAAAAAAGAAGUCUGCUUAUUUAUUGCCAUUAAGGCGGAACAAAGUUCGCCGGGUCAGCUAGUGAUAUAAUAAAAUGAACUUUUUGUAAAUUGAUUAGGAAAACGAUGCAAAUACAAUACGGCUCUGAUAGGUGGAUUAUUUUUGUGCACCACAAAAUAGAAAUAAAAAAUAAAUAUCGAAACAACACAAUUUAUUAG